AAUUAAGGGGGGAGGGGGGGGAGAAGAAGAUGGAUCGGGCAAUCUUAGAGAGAAUCCUGAGAGAUGUUGCUGCCGUUUUCUCUAACGGCGAAGAUUUUGGCGCCGUUUGGAACACCAUUACAGCAAUCGCCAGGUUUCUAGGGGGGGUUGCCGAAUUACGGGAGCUGGCCCAGCAGAUUCUGGAUCAAUGGGAAAGGGUUAGCUAUGAGUACAGCAAUGAAAAGGUGAGAGAGGACAAUGCGGAUCUCCAAGGCAUGGUUGGCAAAGUCAGCGAUAUGGUGAGUGAUCUGAGAGAGAGGAGGUCGGAGGAGGUGGAGAAUUGGGAGGAGGAGGUGGCGGAGUUCGAGAGGGUGGCAAGGGAUGCCGCACAGCACGUCGAAAGCUGGCGACCGCAAUCAGAAUCAAGUCGCACAAUGACGGAGAUGCUUUGGAGUGCAAUUCGGCACGACGGAAAGAGCCCCGCGGCGAGAGAACAUCUGCGAAAGAACGCUGAAUAUAAAGUGAAACUUCAGACCGCAAUGAACAUGCUGCCGGUGAUGGACACCUGCUGUGGAUCGGAGGAGUAUACGAAUUUCUUGUGGAGGGAGGCGGCAAACAGGAAGUCGGAUUUGGCGGGAAACAAGCGGCGGCGAUUGGAUAAGGACGCAGCGGCAGUAGCUGCCACGUCAGGGGAAUUGGCGGGAACGCCGGGCAGGAAGGACGAUGAACGUCUUGACCAGGAGGCAACGGGCAGGCUGUCGAUCGACGGGAGCAGUCCGCUGGGCGCUGCUAGUUGGGAUCGGGAUCAAUUGCUGAGAUCGAGAGUCCACGUGGACGUGCAUGACUGCAUGCAGAAGGCGAUUGCGUUGGGAUCCCGUUCUUCUUCCCAGCUGUCUGCUGAGGUUCGCAUUCGAGAUGCAAAGGGCGCCUUUCAAGGAGGGGAUGCAGCAGGAAGAGGAGGAGGAGGAGGAGGAAGGGGAGGCGGCUGCCGAGGAGGAGGAGGAGAAGAAGGAGGAGGAGGAGGAGGAAGAGGAGGGGGAAGAGUAGGAGUACUAGGAGGGGAAGAACAUGAAGAAGAAGAAGACGAGGGGCGCUGGAUUGCUGUUGGUGAGUCUUUCCGUAUGAGGAAUAUGCACCCCAUCCAGAUAGAGAUGACGUGGACGGGAGAUUUCUAUUUUUAUAUAUUCGUUUCGAGGUCCAAGAAAAUGUAUUCCAACUCGAAGAUUGUGACGCUGGCGUAUCCUGCUGCUGACCAAGAUAAUCACCUCUCUGCCACACACAGGUACCCACAUUCUUGAGUUCGGUAUUUGCUACACUCUUCCGCUA